AGUCCUCAUUCCUAAUUUCAUCCUCCCCUAAUCUGAUAACCGAAAACCUCUAUGUACUGUAUGAUCAAGCAAUUUCAACGUCAAUGAUAUCAUGAUAGGUAAGAAAGUACUCAGAUUUUGUUCGAUUGCUCUCGUGUAGUACUUUCUUUGUUUGAUAGCUGUCGAUGUUUUCGAACGAAAAUUUUAUUUACCAAUUUUCAUGGAUUCCAUAUUUAUCCAUUGUUGAUACUGAAUAUACUAAGAAUGGAGUGUACUUUUUAGUUGUUGUAUCGCAAGAAGUGCCUCUCAGUCCUGAUAAAAGAUAGCGAAGGUUGUAAUCAAGAGAUAAGAAAAUGAAGUCAAUUGACUAUGCCUCGCCGCCCCUGGCGGGCGAGGCGAGCAUGAUGUCCUACGCCGACUGGUUGGACUUCUUUCAGGGCGUCGCACUACUCUUCAGUGGAGAGGAAGAGUUUGAUGCCUCUUCGUCCCAGCAUACUUCCGCUUCCAGUAGUAUCUCUUUUCUGGAAGAGGAUCCCAUGGGUUCGACGUUCGCCGAAAACGGCAGUUUAUUCCUCGAAAGUGGGCCGCCAGGUGGAAAAGGAGCUCCUGCUAGAGGUGGAGCUCCGCAGCUGCGCAAAUGGGCGUGGCAUCGUGCCUUGAAGGGCCACCUUGGCCAGCUUGCGCAGAGUCCGAUUUUGCAGACGGUGACGUUUGGCUUUGUCACUCUGCUGCUUCUCACAGUAUGCUUCGGAUUUUGGCGCAAAUACAUCCGACCCGCGCUGUUCAACGUGCGACCCCCGCCACGUGGCCAAAGACACCUACCAGUAGUAGAACCAGAUUCGCCGUUGGAAAGGCUGCCGUCAAACGGGUCUCCGAUGGACAGAGAUCCAGUCACCAAUGGUGCGGAACCCAAUACCCAGUUGCCCUUUCAGAAAUCCAUUACCGGCGUGCUGCUCUAUUACAUCUGUUAAGGGUUUCAGAAUUGCAUUCCUCACCACCAUCCCUGGCUCUUUUCCUUGUAAAAAGAAGUCAGGGUGAAGAUGUUCUGCAGAAUGUAACUCCGUAAUCUCUAAAUCUGGAUUGCGUUUGUGGUUUUCAUGUCGACUGUCGUGGCGAUGCUGAUUCUAGUCUACCAAUUCGCUCCGUCUGAACAGGAAGGGUUCAUUCUGGCAUUGCAGAAAGCCUUGUUGCCAUGUGAAGCAGGAGGAGGGGCGACGGUAAUCAUGAUAAUUAAUCUCUAUCUUUACAACUUCAUCUGGAUCUGGUUAAAUAAUCACCAAAACGACCAGUAAUUGUGUGCACAAUAUUAAUUGACCAAUCAAUCCAUCAAUCUCAAAAACAUCUUCUACUUCUUCAUCCGCCUAGGCUUCAAGCGGUGAAGGCGAACAAGCUUUAUCUGUUGCCGCUGACGCUGAGCGCUACAUUUUCUACUGCAAGGGCUGGCCGUCCGUGCGUCCUGAUAGUGUGAACGCAAAACUGCAGAUGGGCUUUGCUUUCCUUUAUACCUGGUUCGUCCUCGCAGUGAUCCUAGUCUUCUUCUACGCUGGAGACUUGUACUGGAUUUUGGCGCUAGCUGAAGUCUCCUCCUUAGCCGAUGCGGAUUACGUCGGUUUUUCGGAAGAUGUGUAUGAGGAAGACGAGGGUGCGUUCUUCCUGGAUAAGCAGCAGAGCAGCACAGCGCGCGCUGAAACGAGGCGUCAGGUGAACAAGGCGAUGACGAGCCGCAAUCUGCAACCCAUCAGCUACGUUCCAGUGGAACAGGAAGCCACUGUUUCCUCCACCAGUCUGGAGCGUGAGUUGUACAAGGUCUACGGCGUUGGCGUUUUAGAUGGUGUCCUAGACGCCGGCGCGUCGGAAGAAGAAGGAGGCGCUGGCGGUGGUAGUGGUGGUUUGUACAGUGCGGCGGCGCCGGGUGAAACCGGUUCGCACAUGCGCAUGCUGGACACCGCAGCUGCUUCUUUGGGAUUGAUCACCGGCGGAGGUGCAGGAAGCGGCGAACAGAUGGGCACAAGCCGCUUCUUCAAGUUCCGAUGUCUGCGGUACGUCUACAAUCGCUCGGAAGGCAGGUUUAUUCCUCGAAAGGAACGCAUUGAGCACCUGAGCGCACAGAGCAUCAAGGGAAGGUUUUUUUCGUUUACCGAGACAACACAGAACGAACUCGGAGGGAUGUCGGUACAACAUAUUUAUAUAUAUAAUUUUAUUGAUGGUCUUGUCAUAUAGUUGUUUGGUGGUCAUGUUGUAGUUGCUUGUUCUAGAAAGAACAGUAGAUGAAAAGUUGUCCACUUCUUGAUGUUUCUCAAAAUAAAUGUUCCUCUACAAGAUGGACAUGAACCUCAUAGCUACAUUUCUAUUCUUCCCCCACGCUGAGCGCUACAUUUCUCUACUCCUAGGUUAAGCCUGUCGGUCUUGGAGAUUUGGGCUAUCAACGCUUGCAGAUGCUUCGAUCCUACUUCGGAAACAACGUGGUGGAGCCUCAUGAGAGCAAGACCUUCCUACAAUGCUUCAUUCAGGAAGUGACGGGAACGUUCUUAUACGUUUUUCAGGUACAAAAACAAAUUUUUCUACUACAGGAGUGCUUAUUGUGGUAAAUAUUCUCAUGUGGAUCUUGAAGUUGUUCCUACUGUAUGUGACUUAGAGUUCGUUGUCAAAGCUAACGAUAAUGCAGUGUAAUGUCUACUCUCUGAGAUGACAUGUUACAUCACUCCACGAACUCAUCUUCAACGAGGUUUCUUCUACUUUCAUCGCGGAGGAGCUUAUUGACCUCCAUCUAUUGAAAUCUAAACUGACUUCGCAACUACACCAUGAUCUCCUUCUCCUUCUCCAACACUUUACACCUCUCUCUACUGUUGAGCAAGAACAUCUUCAUCUUAGAUGAUCUACUGCACUCUCUCUCCCACGACAUUACAGAUUCUUGCUGCUUUGAUCUUCAUUUUCUUGGAAGCUGGUUGGGUUUCGAUGGUCUACGAAAUGAUUUAUUUCACGUCCGCAAUGCUGAACGCGUUUUACUGUUGGCGUGCCUGGCGUCGUAUCCUGGAGAUGUCUCGCAACAACUCUACCAUUCGCGUCUUCCGCAAGGGUCCAGCAACGAACUCAAAGUGCGCGUUUUUCGAAUUGAACAGUGAAGACCUGUUGCCGGGUGAUAUCAUCGAGAUUCGCGAUGGCAUGAUCGUGCCGUGUGAAGUGCUGUUGGUCCACGGAAACGUCAUGAUGGACGAGUCGCAGUUGACUGGUAAUAUUCUUUCCUUGUGGUCCUAGAAAAAAUCCUUGAUGAUGAGGAAUGUUGUUGUGCUACAUCAUCAUACUGAAUAUAAUAAAUAUUCACCAAAAAUAGAAGCUGAUUUCCCUCGUCUUGUCCUCUUCGCGAUACAUCAUGACACAUUCAUGAUAGAUAGUUCUUUCAUGAUCUUCUAGGAAGCUUCGUUGCAUUGUGUUUGUAGAAGAAAGGUGCAAGGUGAUGGACUCAGGUCAGUUUCCGCUUUGCUAAAACUACAGGUGAAUCAACGCCCAUGUCUAAGGAGGCUGUCGAGGGUUCUGGCAGCCGAAGAGCCCUCGAUUUCGGGAAAGACAAAACUCACAUCUUGUUCUCCGGUACUGAGGUCAUCGCUGUGGAGAGCACUCCGAUUACUAGUGAUGGUUAUAUUUCGUCCAGUUCCGACGCCUCUGCCAACUCCCAGCAGUCCGUCGCAAUGCAGAAGCAUUUCAACCGCAUGGAUCGCGCUUACGCGGUCGUCACUGCCAUUGGUACGGGCACGAGCCGUGGCGAUUUGAUUCGUGGAAUGUUCUAUCCUUUGCGAUUAUACUUCGAGUUCGACGCGCAGAUGAUCAAGGCUUCCUCGUACAUGAUGUGCAUCUUGCCCUUCUUCGUCGUCUUGAUCUUCUGCUUCACCAACCCAUUUGCAGAUAGCGAUCGCUUCGAGGCGAUAGUGCUGGUUACUGCUACGGUGUUUACGUCCUUGCCGCAGUUCGCGAACCCGAUGAUCCCAACACUGCAGAGUCGCAGUUGCGAAACUAGUGGUCGCCGCUUGGAAUCGAAGAAGGUCGGCUGCAUGGAGCAGGAGAAGAUCCCGCAGGCAGGCAAGGUGAACUUGUUCUGUUUCGACAAGACUGGCACAUUGACCAAGGAAGGUAUGGAUUUCUACGGCGUCUGCGUCAACAAGGGUCAAUUGCAAGCGAACGCCGAUGGCGCAGCGGCGUUUUCCAGUUACCGCAAAGGCAUUCGUGGAACCAGCAAGGAGGGUCCUGGUCGUGGCAUUUCGUCCAGUCCGGAGGCCGCGGAUGCAUUGGCCAAAACCCACGGCUCUGACCUGACUGCUCUGGAUGAUGAUGCGCUGAACCAACUAGACGCAUUAGCGACCACGCAGAAGAGCCUCAACGACGCUGGUUCGGCAUCUAGUACCGAAGAAACGGAGCAUUUGCUGCGCAUGCGCAAGCUCGGCUCUCUGGUCAACGGUGUGGAUGCGGAUCCGGUUGUGCGCAGCAACUUCAUCGAACACGCGUACGAGACUCCGGAGCAGUUCAACCGGGCUCUUGCGACUAGUGGACAUGACUCGGUUCUCUUCGGCUUGGCUUGCUGCCACUCUUUGUCGGUGCAAGGCGGAAAUUCCGCAGUGCCUUCUGGUAGUAUGGCGCCGCCUCAACAACUUGGAGGAGGAGGUGCUGCAAGUGGAACAAGUGCUGCCUCUGCCUCGCAAGGAACUGUAGUUGGCAAUCCUCUGGAACAAGAGACGGUUUCAAAACUCGGGUGGCGUCUGAACAAGACCGGCCAGCAGGGGACUACAAUGCGCAUGGAAGGCUCCUACGAUGUGGAGCAGCGUGCAGACAUCCUGCGGAAAUGGAAGUUCGACCAAGGCCGCCAACUCCAGGUCGUCGUUACCUGCGUGGAAUCCGUGGACAACCCGAACAAGCAAGAAGCCACCGUCUAUGCCAAGGGCUCUAUGGAAGCCGUUUCCCGCUUGAUCUUGGGCGGAGGAGGACAGAGUGGCAAAAAUGAUACGGAGCAGAUGCUUGCAAGUGUUUCGGACCUUGCUGACGUCUACUCCUCUCGCGGGUUCUACGUUCUCGGCAUGUGCCAGGCCAAGAUCCAACUCGGCAGUGCAGGUUGGGAUUCUCUCGAAAGCAUGGCCUUGGAUGGCGUGCUGAACGUGUGCCGCUUUGAAUACAUGGGCAUGCUGCUCUUUCGGAAUGAGUUGCGUCCGGAUUCUGUGAAGGUGAUCCGAGAUCUGAAGCGUGCCAAUGUCCACACCGUGAUGAUCACGGGCGACAACGUGUACACGGGCAUUGCGAUUUCGAAGCAAGUCGGCCUAGUCGAGGAUUGCCCGUUUUGCAUUCGUACGGAUGAAGAAGGCGUUCCAGUCUGGGAGGAAGUCAGUACGUCUUUUGGCGCUUUGGUACGAGCUAAAAAACGUGGAGGGGCAUCGAACGCUCUGUUGAGUAAUGCGUUGACGGAUUCUCCGGAUUCUAACGGGGGUGCCUCUGCGGAUCAGAUUGCCGCUCCAGUGAAGAACAACCACGAUUUGGAACAGUUGGUGCGCGUGUUGAAAGAGCGCAACUUGUUUUCUCAGCGUGGCGUUGAUUUCGUCUCGUGUGCAAUCAACGAAGCGGCUCUGAAGAAGAUCACUUCCGAACCAGGAUAUGCCAAUUUGUGGCACCGUCUUUUGCCCUACAUCGGCGUUUUCGGACGUGUGAAGCCGGACGGCAAGCGCAAGAUCAUCCGUUUCUUUCAGGACCGCUCGAAAAACUUCGUGGUCGCAAUGGCUGGCGAUGGCGGAAAUGACAGUGGGGCUUUGAAGCAAGCGCACGUUGGGGUCGCAUUAGUCCAUAGUGGAAAUAACAAGGACAAGGAUGAUGAUGACAUGUCUUCCGCGAAACAGGGAACCAACGUAGUUGCUCCUUUCAUCGCCACUGAGGACGACAUCACCAAAGUUGUUGAGGUGCUGAAAGAAGGUCGUGCGUGUUUGGAUACAAACAUUUCCGUCUUUUACAUUAAGGUCGUCAGCUUUUAGUUUUAUCCAUAAAUCCAUCUUGUUAGUUUCUCGGCAUCUUGGUCCCCUUUUGCCCUUGCUCAUUCUCAUGAAAUACAAGGUCCUCAAAGGGGUCAACCAAGACCACAAGGGCACCGAGAUGAAUAAAGGCCAACAACUCUAAUGAGAGCUUCACCAUUCUGGGGGUGUCUUGGGUCUUGUGCGGGAAGAUUUUGAUGCAAGCGCGCUUGGCCUUCGGUUGCCUCACCCAGUACGCGACGGAAGAGUGCUUGAUGGUGUUGCUGAUGCCGUUAACGUUAAGGCUGCUUCCACAUUCUUGAAAUUUUUUUUUUAAAUUUGUAUCUUUGACACCGUCUUCUCAAGAGGGAAAAAGGUCAAAGAUGGAUUUUCAGGAUGAAGAUUUGGAAGGUCUAAUAACAUAUGCUCUGCAGGGAACGAGAGACGUGUUGGCACCUACUACACCGGACUCGACUUUGGCAGGGCGUCGCUCCUUCAUCUACAUAAUCGGCAUGAUCGCGUUGAACAUAGCCGUCUGCCUGACCACGUGGUCCAUAUUGGCGUUUCCCCCGCGCGAAACACAAAAACCGAACUUGGAUGUGCGAAGGGUACUACCAAGAAAUUUUUGAAUGUUGAAAUUUCACCCCUAGCUGUAUAAACUUAUAUCACAUGCUCAUACGAUAUCGAUAUUACACAUACAUACGACACAGGUUGAAGACGACUACCCUUCUUGGUAUUCUCCUGUGGUCAUGGCGAAGGAUGGGUACUGGAACUUGGGUUCGAUUGCCGGGCGUUCCAACAACUUGGACAUGGCUUUCGUCUUCCUGUACUUCUUCGCCGCAGCUGCCAACGUCGGUCUCGCCCAGUGCAACGGAGGUAUGCGUCCUCCCUCUGACGCAGGUCCAGACUACCGCAAUACCGGACAGCGAUCCGCACAACAAGAUUCUGCUGCUGGCGAACUGGUUGGGGAGAUUUUAGAUGGCGGUCAGGGAGAUGACGCCGACUUCAUCAAUGGUGCGGGAGGUGCUCGUCGUAAGGCUCCUGGAGGCGGCCUCUUGCGACAACCGGUUGCGGCGAAUGUAACUGGCGAUAUCGAAACGGGUGUGCCGGAUUCCCUGAGUGCUACUGCGAACUCCAGUUCGAAUACGGAUGAUGACGAAGAAUUGGCUACCUUCAUGGCAGGAGGCAUUCGCGCAGACCACUUGCGACGCCGUCAGAAUCGUGCAAUCGGUGACGGAAGUGCUGGACGUCCGAUGGUGGGCAAAGCUGUCACCACGGGCCGCUUGCUGAGUGAGACCGAUGCAGCUGUGUUAGCGAGUGAGGGGCUUGGCGAGACUUGCUGUGCGCGAUUCUUUAUGCCGCCUUACAAGAAGCACUGGACUUCUAAUUGGAGCUUCGUGAUGAUCAUGCUCAUCGUCUACCCUCUGGUGAGUCUGCUCCUCUUCUCCUCUGGCCACUAUUGGAACUGGUUUUUAGAUGUGAACACCUACGCUCACCAACAAGCUGGAUCUUUAGAAGACUAUUUCCUCUACUACCACGCGACCAACCGCAAAAUGCGCAACAUCAUGCAAACAGAAACGCUGGAACUGACUGGUCAGGACGGCAAGAAGGUGCUGGCUUUGCCAAGCAAAUUGCUCCCACGCCCGCACAAAGAUGACGACGCGGCUUCUACGAACGCCGCAGCACACAUUGCGGACGCCAGUGGCGCUAAGCUGGUCAAACAGACGACCUCUGGAGGCGACAAAGCUCGUGAGGAGUCAGAAAAAGAAAAAGCUGAAUUGAAGUUACGACCUCCAUCUAGUGAAAAAUAUCUCAAAGAACUCGAAGUUGCUUCUUAAAACUCAUUUACGAUCAUGCAUGAUAGAAGAGUUUCUUGAAUUUCAUUUUCGUCGCUAGCACCUGUUCGUCCGCAAACAAAACGAAAACAUCUCUCCUACCCAAAAAGCUCUGCAUCCUCUAACCCAAGCCCGUGAGAACAAAGCUCUGGAAGCAGCCGGUGUUGUGCCGAAUCUGGUUCGUGAACCCCAUACCAACUGCGAAGAGUACCUCGAGUCCGUGCGGAAGCAGAACAAGGAAACUGGCAACUUGGAGAUUGCCCAGUCCUUUUUGCCAGAGGAGACCGGUUUGCCUGGUGCCCAAGGAGGCACGCGCAGUCGUUACAGCGGAUUCGGUGAGGGCGUUUGCGCGAUCCACAUCCGCAUCAGUGAAGGCAGUGCGACGUCUAAGACCGCUCCGAAGGGCGCUGCCGCUGCUCCGACUGGACAGGAACAGCCGCAUGGCUUUUUUCAGGAUCUCGGUUGGCUGGGCAAGAGCAAGGGUCAAGCGGACUCGAAAGAACAGCAGAAGUGGUGCGAGUACAUGUGCGCUUAUUCGUGGAACUAUCGUGCCGAUCGACACGCUUUCUCCUGCAAAUUCGCUCUGCCUUGGGGACGCGACUGCUAUAUGUUCCAGGGCAAUGUGGAUCACUUUUUGCACGUCCCCGAAUUGCCUCCGGCUGCCGCCAAUACCUCGCCAAAAGCCACUGCUUCCGCAGGCACUACUGGAGCCAAUGGCGGUGAAAAUCGCAACGUCGCACCUAACAACCAAGGCCAAGCUGCUGCUGCUGCUGCACCUGCCGCAGCUGCACCUGCCGCAGCUGCACCUGCCGCAGGUGCUGCUGCUGGUGCUGCUGCUCCUGUUGCAACAUCCUUUGUACAACACGGACAGCAACUUGUGGAUGAAUCCUUCUUGGAAGCGGCUGUUGUUGGUGGCGGCAAUGGGCCUGCGACGCCUUCGCGUAUUGAAAAGGCUGAAUCGACAGAUCAUGGACAAGGAGCCCAGAAGAAGCUGUCGACCGGAGAUCAUGCAGCUUCAGACAGCGAGGACGUGAAAGCGCUCCAGAGCAAGCAACAGCAGCAUCAACAGAAGUUAUGAUGAAUGUAGUUGGAAUAGAAGUUUUAGUUUCUAUUAUUUCUUCCUCAGAAAGUCGUAGGUCCAAUCCGAACCGACUAACAUCGUCAUCAUUUCUCCCUCAGAAGAACGAACACGAAGUCACAUGCACAAGUGAGUUAUCUUCUAUCUGAGAUGAAAGUAGAAAAGAAUAGGAGAGGAAGAUGUGGCAUCUUCGUGGCUAGAAAUGAUUAGUAGAUUUUUAUGAUUGUGUUCAAAGUCAGGUUGAUAUCGCUAUCCUCCGCUUAGGCAAAUACCAUAACGACCAUGGAGAAAAGCUCCUAAACAACUGUAACUAAGUAACUUCUUCCUACCUCUUCCUAACUCCCUCUUCUUCCUAGCCCCUUCCUCCCUCUAACCUCUGGUGCCACACCCCGCAACCCGCAGUUGCUUUCCACGAUGGCUCAAGGGAAGCCGAAGCAGUUGCAGAUCUUGGAUCGCUACCACGUUUUUGGCUUGGAGAAAAGUGGUUACCAGUCCUACGCCUUCCAGGGAUUUUUUGUCAUGAUCAUCUUCGUCCACAUGUUAUUGGUCACGAGCUACACAAAGUGGCUGCGAUCCUAAUAAUCUUUUUAGUAGUUGUUCUUGUCUUGUUUUCAUCUACUACAAUUGUAGAGGAGACCUUAGACGAGGAGAUGUGGAUGAUGAAUGGGAUCGAGAACAAGGACGGUGGUGGUACUGGAAUGGGUUGGUUUAGUGACUGACUCAUUAUGGAGGCUUUGAAGUGGAAGGUGUUGGUUAGUAGUACUUCGUAGUCGUGGGGUGGACGAGACGUUGUACUACUUAGACGAGGAGAAGUUUUAGGUUCGUGGUCUAGUCGCGACCACUUGCGGUGGAGUUGUACUCCUCAUUGCGGUGGAUGUGAGUUGUACUUCUCGAUCGACGAUGCAAAAAAAGAGGGAGUCCUUUUUUACAUAGUAAAGGGGUGGCACUUCUUGUUCCGUUGAAACAAGAAGAGCAGGAACAGGAGAACGAACACUUACGAAACUGCGUAAGUAAGUAUAAGGUUGGUAAAAUCGUGCCUUGAUGACUAAGGGGCGUUAUGUCUUCGGGAAGAAUGACAAACUAGAAACGAUUGAUAGUGGGGUGGAAUCAAUCGUGAUCGUUCAAAGAACGUAGAGCAUGCACACAGCAGGUAGAGAACUAUGAAUGAAGACGAAUUUGAGCUAUUCAUCUCUAAGAAUUUAGUCAUAUUUAUUUAUUAUCGUAUUGCAGAAUUUUACAAAUGUCUAAGUAAAAACAGUAGUGACUUUCGAAUGGAAUAAAUAUCGAAUUUAACGAAUAAUUAACAAUGUGCAUCCAAUAUCUGAAAUUAUGAAUUCAAACUAUCAGCGCAAAACAUCGAAAUCAUUCACCAGGAACAAAUUACAAGGACUACAGUUUACGAAUUUCUAAUUAAGUAGCAAACAAACUUCACAACGCAGGCGAACUGACAUCAUACCGUAUGAUGAUGCAUAGACUUCAAAAUGACAUCAAUAAAUAUGUCAUGAUCUGACACCGAAAAAUAGAGAGGCAGACGAGACCUCUCUUAGUAUUUCCUACAGAACAAGAACGAACGUGAACUAAAAGAUCUACAUCAGUCUCUCCGUAAAUGUACUAUUCGUAGAGAGAGAUCUACUUACUAGGAACAACGUGAGCAGGCUGUUAGUUUCUUUUUAUGAUUUUUGUAUAUCAAGAUCCAUCUAGUUCUUCUUGCAUUUAAUUGAAAAUGUACUUGAAAUCAGGAAAUGCAACAGCAUACAAGAAGAGGUAGUAGCUAUUGUAUCUAUUGAAAUUGGAAUCAAAUGUAGAAGUGUAUGUAGUACAGAAGUUCUUACAUCAUGUUAGGUUUUCUCACCUUGUUGCAACAAACACAUCGAAUUCGCAAGAAAAAAUCUGUCAACGACAUUGAUUUGCAAAAUGAGAAUCUACGACAUUUGAUAAU